AUGUGGUAUAAGAACAUGUCUACCGAGUUUGAUGAUGAGUACUCUCAUCAGACUCUCCUGUGGCUAUCUGUCUCUUGGGUCCUCCCCAACCAAGAAGUAUUUGACAGAGCGGCUCAGGGUAUCCUCAAGCACAUGGACGGCCAGCAGCUGAAUGCUGAUAAUCUUCCACUCCAUGGAGUUCUACCCAAGAUUGAAGAAAAACGACUGGAGCUCCUCAACCAGAUCGUGAGAAAACUUUAUUACCUUCACGACACUCUUCCCGACUCAGACUAUUCCUGUGACUGGCACAAGUUCGGUUCUCCGACGUGCGACUCUAUCGCGCUGAGCAUUUUGGUGCGAGAACUGGACCGUCUCGGAUCAAGUGAUCGCCGUCUUGUGGCCCCUUUCAACGGUUACAGCAUCAUGAGCAUGAUCCAACUCGUUAACGACAUACCUGAGUCGAUUGCUGCUACGACCGAGGAGUAUGACCACUAUCACGAUGUGUCGGUUUGCAGUGUCAGGGGUAGAAUGAGACAUGUCCUUGGAGAUGUCAAGACUAAGAUGAAUUCCUGGACUCUUGAUCUGGAUUACAAUGUUUGA